AUGGCCACAGCCACCUUUCAUCUGUCCGAGGAGCAGUUCCGUUGCUGCAUCUGUCUGGAGGUUUUCACCGAGCCGGCGUCGCUCCCCUGCGGCCACAGCUUCUGCAAACCCUGCAUCGAGCGCAACUGGACGGACGCCACGGUGUACAAGUGCCCCUUCUGCAUGCACGUCUUCCCCUUCAGACCCAACCUCACCGUCAACUACUUCAUCUCUGAAAUGUCUCGCCAAUUUAAGCAAUCUGUGAGGCGCAAAGAACCGAAGGCACAGAAGGCCAAACCCGGGGAGGUCUCCUGCGGCGCCUGCAAGCAGAAGGCGAAGAAGUCCUGUCCGGUGUGCGCCGACUCUUACUGCGAAACGCACCUGGCCCCGCACCAGGACAACCCGGACCUCAAGGGGCACCAUCUGAUCGUGCCCCGCAGUCGUUUGGACGGUAGACUCUGCCCGGAGCACGGGAAAGCGCUGGAUCUGUUUUGCAUGAGCGACGAGAAGUGCGUGUGCGUGAUGUGUGUGCGCUACCACCACGGCGGUCACCAGGUGGGGCCACUGAGCGAGGUGUCGGGAGAGAAGAAACAGCAGCUGAUGACGAGGAGAAGUGAAGUAACGUCAAUGAUCAAGAGCAGGAAGGAGGCAAUACAAGAACUGAGCCGCCGUGUGGAGGGUCCAGAAACAGAUGAAGGGUCCAAGGUCUUCUCCUCUCUGCGGGAGGCUGUGGACCGAGCGCUGGACAAACUGGUCCGAGAUCAGGCCGAAGCAAAGAUCCAAAGAGAAGAUCUGAUCCAGAGUCUGCGGAAGGAGGUCGAUGUGCUGGAGGCCACGCUGGAACAGGUGGAUGAACUUUCGCGAUCAGACGACCACCUGCAGAUUCUCCAAAACUACAAAAAGCUGCCCGCGACUCCUCAGAUGAACGGUCGCGGUGUUGCUAACGUCGCGCCUCUAAAUUCAGAGGCCUCUUUGGUUCGAGCUCUGUCCAAACUGGAAGACGAAUUCAUCAGAACAACUCGUGAAAUCUUGGAUCGCGAGCUGCAGAGAGUGAAGGCGUUCGAGACGGUGGUGACGCUGGACGCAGACACGGCACCUGCGCAGCUCGUUGUGUCCCAGAGCGGCGCGCAGGUCAACCACAGCAUCGAGCAGCGCAACGUGCAAGACUCUGUGCACAGGUUCGACCAGUUCUACGUUCUCGGCAAGCAGCGUUUCUCUCAGAAUGUCUACUUUGAGGUGGAGGUGAAAGGGAAGACCGAGUGGACUUUGGGCGUGGCCAAGGAGAGCGUCAACAGGAAGGGAACGCUGAUCCUCGAGGCGCAAAAUGGCGUCUGGGCGAUCGGUUUGAAGGAGAAGAAGUACUUUGCGUGCGCCAGGCCGGACAUCCCUCUCACUCCCAAGGCGAAACCGGAGAGAAUCGGCGUGUUUGUGGACUUCAGAGAGGGCAGCGUGUCCUUUUAUGAUGUGGCGAAUGCAACGUUGAUCUAUUUCUUCUGUGGAUUGAGCUUCAUGGAAAACGUCAAGGCCAUCUGCAGUCCCGGGAACUACUCCUACGGGAACUUUUCUCCACUGACCAUCUAUAAUGUCAAACCAGAGGCUGAAAAAGAGCUGGACUUUGAGCUGGACUUUGAGCUGGACUUUGAGCUGUCUCUAUCAUGA